AUUCCCUAUACUAUGAGGAAGAAAUAAAAAAUAAGAGGUGCUACAGUAGAUUUCUCCUAUAUAUUUAUAUAACAUACAGGCCUAUCCUAUACUACGUAAACAUGUUUUCCUGAAAAAGAAAAGCAAAACCAAACAUAAUAUUUUGUUUUCCAACGAGUGGCCAAAUUUCUUCAUUCCCAUUAUGGCUCUUCUUCUUAUUCUAAUAGCUAUACCCAUCUCAAUUAUCGUGGUCUUUCUCACAUACAAUCUCUUCUACCGACUCAGAUACAAGAUUCCCCCCGGUCCACGGCCCAAGCCCAUCGUCGGAAACCUCUAUGACAUUAAACCGGUAAGGUUCAGGUGUUUCGCGGAUUGGGCCCAGUCAUAUGGGCCCAUCAUAUCAGUUUGGUUUGGGACAUCUCUAAACGUCGUCGUCUGUAACUCGGCGCUGGCCAAAGAGGUACUCAAAGACAAUGACAACAAGCUCGCUGACCGCCACCGUACCAGAUCGACGGAGAGGUUCAGUAAAGGCGGCAAGGAUCUUAUAUGGGCCGAUUAUGGGCCUCACUAUGUUAAGGUCAGAAAGGUUUGUACACUUGAGCUUUUCACACCCAAGAUGCUUGAGGCUCUUAGGCCCAUUAGGGAAGAGGAGGUUAUGGCCAUGGUUGAAUCCAUUUUCAAGGACUCUGCCAAUCCUGAAAAUUAUGGGAAAAGUUUGCAAGUAAGGGAUUUUAUUGGGGCAGUGGCUUUCAACAAUAUAACAAGGCUAGUGUUUGGAAAACGGUUUAGAAAUUCGGAGGGAGAGUUAGACGAGCAAGGAAAGGAGUUCAAAGGAAUAGUGACAAACGGGAUUAAGGUAGGUGCGUCCUUGAGUAUGGCCGAACACAUCCAUUGGGUGCGUUGGAUGUUCCCAAUAGAGGAAGAGGCUUUUGCCAAACACGUUUCUAGGAGAGACAAACUCACCUCUAACAUCAUGGAUGACUAUACUCAAGCUCGCCGGGAAAUUGGUUCUUCCAAACACCAUUUUGUCGACUCCUUGCUCACCUUUAAGGACAACUAUGAUCUUACCCACGAUACCGUUAUUGGACUCCUUUGGGAUAUGAUCACAGCUGGAAUGGACACUACAGCCAUAUCAGUUGAGUGGGCUAUGGCUGAGGUAAUCAAGAAUCCAAGAGUGCAACAAAAGGCGCAUGAGGAACUAGAUCGAGUUAUCGGUGUGGAGCGAGUUAUGAAUGAAAAUGAUUUCUCAAACUUGCAUUACUUGCAAAGUAUAGUGAAGGAAGCAAUGCGUUUGCACCCUCCAACACCACUCAUGCUUCCACACAAAGCUAACGAUAACGUCAAGAUUGGUGGCUAUGAUAUUCUAAAGGGUACAAUUGUCCAUGUCAACGUUUGGGCUGUUGCUCGUGACCCCGCGGUGUGGAAAGACCCGCUUGAGUUUCGGCCCGAAAGGUUCCUUGAAGAGGAUGUUGACAUGAAGGGUCAUGAUUAUAGGCUACUACCGUUCGGGGCAGGUCGUCGGGUUUGCCCGGGAGCCCAACUUGGUAUUAACUUGGUUACUUCAAUGUUGGGUCAUUUGUUGCAUCAUUUUUGUUGGAGCCCAUCUGAUGGAAUGAAGCCAGAUGAUAUUGACUUGAGUGAAAACCCAGGAAUGGUGACUUACAUGAAAAGCCCAUUACAAGCAAUUGCUUCUCCAAGACUACCUUCACACUUGUAUAAAUGCGAGGCUAUGAGUGUGUAGUGUUUCACUUUUUUUUUUCUAUUAUGUUUAUGUUUGUUGUUAACACUACUCUUUUAUAUUUUUGUUUGUUGGGUUUGUUGGGCAUUGUGCCCUAAAUAAAACUCCAUUUCAAUGUUGGGUUUUGUUAACACUAUCUUUAUUAUUCAAUUAUCAAUAAAGAGACAAAAGUAUUUUUAUCAC